AAAGACCUGUGCAGGGGAGAGCCGGAGCCCACCGCCUUCGCCCCCGCCUUCGCCAGGCUGCGCCCUGAGCUUGCUCUCCCAGCUAGGGAGCUGCGGCCAGGGAUACCCUAGUGGGAGGCUCUGGUCCUUGCAUUUCAGGAAAGUGCCUAGCUAUCACGCGGUGCUCACACCCACCACCUGCCCUCUUUCUAGGCACCGCGCGAAUUUUCUUUUCCCUUUCUUUUUUUUUCUUUUCUUUUUUGGUAGGUGAAGUAACUUUUGCAUUCCCGCCUCCCCCCGCCCGGGUCCUAGGGACCAGAGGCGGCGCCGAGCCUGGGGGCGGUUCCUUGGCAGCGCUGGUUCAAGUCGCAGCCAGACUUUUGCUCCUGGGCUUGGUUUGCAUCAUCCCCAUCACACCCUCGGGGAAGAGGAGCCACCCCUUUCCAGCCUCAGCUUCCGGCCGAACGACCCCUCCCCCUCCGGGUCCCCCAGCCCUUCUCCCACCCUCCCCAGCACUGCACCCCCUCCGCAGUGUUUGCUGCCCCUCUCUGCCCUCCUCCAUCCCUUGUUGGAUGUUGCCCACUCCUUAAGGAAGGAUGGUUGAUUUGGAGAGCGAAGUGCCCCCUCUGCCUCCCAGGUACAGAUUCCGGGAUUUACUGCUAGGGGACCAAGGCUGGCAAAAUGAUGACAGGGUCCAAGUUGAAUUCUACAUGAAUGAAAACACAUUUAAAGAGAGAUUAAAAUUGUUUUUCAUAAAAAACCAGCGAUCAAGUCUAAGAAUCCGCUUGUUCAACUUUUCCCUCAAAUUGUUAAGCUGCUUAUUAUACAUUAUCCGCGUCUUGCUUGAGAAACCUUCACAGGGAAAUGAAUGGUCUCACAUAUUUUGGGUUAACCGAAGUCUACCUUUAUGGGGUUUACAGGUCUCGGUGGCAUUGAUAAGUCUAUUUGAAACAAUACUCCUUGGUUACCUCAGUUAUAAGGGAAAUAUUUGGGAGCAGAUUUUAAGAAUUCCAUUCAUCUUGGAAAUAAUUAAUGCAGUCCCCUUCAUCAUCUCAAUAUUCUGGCCUACGUUAAGAAAUCUAUUUGUUCCAGUUUUCCUAAAUUGUUGGCUUGCCAAACAUGCCUUGGAGAAUAUGAUUAAUGAUCUUCAUAGAGCCAUUCAACGUACACAGUCUGCAAUGUUUAAUCAAGUUUUGAUUUUGAUAUCUACAUUACUAUGCCUUAUCUUCACUUGCAUUUGUGGAAUUCAGCAUCUAGAACGAAUUGGCAAGAAACUCAAUCUCUUUGACUCCCUUUAUUUCUGCAUUGUGACAUUUUCUACUGUGGGCUUUGGGGAUGUCACUCCUGAAACAUGGUCCUCUAAGCUUUUUGUCGUUGCUAUGAUCUGCGUUGCUCUUGUAGUACUCCCUAUACAGUUUGAACAGUUGGCCUAUUUGUGGAUGGAGAGACAAAAGUCAGGAGGAAACUAUAGUCGACACAGAGCUCAGACUGAGAAGCAUGUUGUCUUGUGUGUCAGCUCAUUGAAGAUCGACUUACUCAUGGAUUUUUUAAAUGAAUUCUAUGCCCAUCCAAGAUUACAGGAUUAUUAUGUGGUGAUUUUGUGUCCCACCGAGAUGGAUGUGCAAGUUCGGAGGGUGCUACAGAUCCCAAUGUGGUCCCAGAGAGUGAUCUACCUUCAAGGCUCUGCCCUGAAAGAUCAAGAUCUCCUGAGAGCAAAGAUGGACAAUGCUGAAGCAUGUUUCAUUUUGAGUAGCCGCUGCGAAGUGGAUAGAACAUCAUCUGAUCACCAAACAAUUUUGAGAGCAUGGGCUGUGAAAGAUUUUGCCCCAAAUUGUCCUUUGUAUGUUCAGAUAUUAAAACCAGAAAACAAAUUCCACAUCAAAUUUGCGGAUCAUGUUGUUUGUGAAGAAGAGUUUAAAUACGCCAUGUUAGCUUUAAACUGUAUAUGCCCAGCAACAUCUACACUCAUUACACUACUGGUUCAUACCUCUAGAGGGCAAGAAGGGCAGCAGUCACCUGAGCAGUGGCAGAAGACAUAUGGGAGAUGCUCAGGAAACGAAGUCUAUCACAUCGUUUUGGAAGAAAGCACAUUUUUUGCUGAAUAUGAAGGGAAGAGUUUUACCUAUGCUUCUUUCCAUGCACACAAAAAGUUUGGUGUCUGCUUGGUUGGUGUUAGGAGGGAGGAUAAUAAAAACAUUUUGCUGAAUCCAGGUCCUCGAUAUAUUAUGAAUGCUUCAGACAUAUGUUUUUAUAUUAAUAUUACCAAAGAAGAAAAUUCAGCAUUUAAGAAUCAAGAUCAACAGAGAAAAAGUAAUGUGUCAAGGUCAUUUUAUCACGGCCCUUCCAGGUUACCUGUCCACAGCAUCAUUGCCAGCAUGGGUACUGUGGCUAUAGACUUGCAAGACACAAGCUGCAGAGCAACAAGUGGUCCUACCUUGGCUCUCCCUUCAGAGGGAGGCAAAGAAUUAAGAAGACCUAGCAUUGCUCCUGUUUUAGAGGUGGCAGAUACAUCAUCAAUUCAAACAUGUGAUCUUCUAAGUGACCAGUCUGAAGAUGAAACUACACCCGAUGAAGAAACCUCUUCAAAUUUAGAGUAUGCCAAAGGCUACCCACCUUAUUCCCCAUACAUAGGAAGUUCACCUACUUUUUGCCACCUACUUCAAGAAAAAGUGCCCUUUUGCUGCUUAAGAUUAGACAAGAGUUGCCAGCAUAACUACUAUGAGGACGCAAAAGCCUAUGGAUUCAAAAAUAAACUAAUUAUAGUUGCAGCUGAAACAGCUGGAAAUGGAUUAUAUAAUUUUAUUGUACCACUCAGGGCAUAUUAUAGACCAAAGAAAGAAUUAAAUCCCAUAGUUCUGCUAUUGGAUAAUCCGCCAGAUAUGCAUUUUCUGGAUGCAAUCUGUUGGUUUCCAAUGGUUUACUACAUGGUGGGCUCUAUUGACAAUCUAGAUGAUUUGCUCAGGUGUGGAGUGACCUUCGCUGCCAACAUGGUGGUGGUGGACAAAGAAAGCACCAUGAGUGCCGAGGAAGACUACAUGGCAGACGCCAAAACGAUUGUGAAUGUGCAGACUCUGUUCAGGUUGUUUUCAAGUCUCAGCAUUAUCACUGAGCUUACUCAUCCAGCAAAUAUGAGAUUCAUGCAAUUCAGAGCCAAGGAUUGUUACUCUCUUGCACUUUCAAAACUGGAAAAGAAGGAGAGAGAGCGCGGCUCUAACCUGGCCUUUAUGUUCCGACUGCCCUUUGCUGCCGGAAGAGUGUUCAGCAUCAGUAUGUUAGACACACUUCUCUAUCAGUCAUUUGUGAAAGAUUAUAUGAUUUCUAUCACCAGACUUCUUUUGGGACUGGACACCAUACCAGGAUCGGGGUUUCUUUGUUCUAUGAAAAUCACUGAAGAUGACUUGUGGAUCAGAACAUAUGCUAGACUCUAUCAGAAGUUGUGUUCUUCUACUGGAGAUGUUCCGAUUGGGAUCUACAGAACGGAAUCUCAGAAACUAACGACAUCUGAGUCUCAAAUCUCCAUCAGUGUGGAAGAGUGGGAAGACACCAAAGACGUCAAAGACCCAGGGCACCACCGCAGCAUUCACCGCAACUCAACCUCUAGUGACCAGUCAGACCAUCCCUUGCUGCGGAGGAAGAGCAUGCAGUGGGCCAGAAGGCUAAGCCGAAAAGGGCCAAAGCACUCCGGUAAAACUGCAGAGAAAAUAACUCAGCAACGACUGAACCUCUACCGGAGGUCGGAAAGACAGGAGCUUGCUGAACUUGUGAAAAACAGAAUGAAACACCUGGGCCUCUCUACGGUGGGCUAUGAUGAAAUGAAUGACCAUCAGAGCACCCUUUCCUACAUCCUGAUUAAUCCAUCUCCAGAUACCAGGCUUGAGCUGAAUGAUGUUGUAUAUUUGAUCCGACCAGAUCCACUGUCCUACCUUCCAAACAGUGAACCCAGUAGGAAAAACAGCAUCUGUAAUGCCGCUGUUCAAGAUUCUCGGGAGGAAACUCAACUCUGAUGAAGAGAAAAUAAGAGACAUUAUAUUCCUUACAGAUAUCUUGCUUAAAAUCAUUAAAAUGUUGCAGAUAGUCCUAAGAGCCUGACUGGAAUGUAUUCAAUUUCUCAUGUUACUUCUAUUUAAAAAUAAAAUCUAUUCUCUUAGAAGUACAGAUCAUUUUGAAACUUAAUGUGAUAUUUGUUGACAUUUUCCUUGUUAAUAUUUAAAUUCAUUAGAGGAAAUUCUCAAAAUGAAUACAAAAUGCAGACGUUAAAAUCUGAUAUUUAGUUGCUUAAGAAUAAUCACAAGUAUUGGCAGUCAAUUUUAAAACAUUAGUAAGACUGUAUAAAAAUUUAAAAAUCCACCUAUAUUAAGUUCAUCACAAGAACACAGAAGACUGAUAAUUUCCUUUUAUAAUUAAAUAUGUCACUAUAUUGUUUAAAUUACUGUUUCUAGAAUUGAGCCCAUUAAGAAUGCUUAUCACUCUGUAGAGAUUAACCACUAACUUACAUGGCUGACUUCUGCGUAGACAUCAUAGUUUGCUUCAGAAUAGAUCUUCAGUGUCAUGUCUGUCUUUCCAUAUUAUUGUAUUUAUUUUAGAAUCUGAGGUAUCCAUAGCAUGAUUAACUUUACAGAAGAAACUCAAACACAAAGGAAUAUUAAGCACCUGAGCUUUUUUGGUAACUUUACAUCAAAUGCACAUUUUAUGCUAAGAAGAGUGUACUUAAUAGAAAAUAUUUUUGUUCUCCUAAAAAAUAAUGCCUAACAUAGAGAAAACAAUACAUAUCUUUACAACUUAUUUGAAUGUGAGAAUUGGAAUAUUACUUGUAUAUAUCAGAUGAGCAGUGAUGAUUUCUAUUACUGUUGGCUUUAAUAUUUUUCAUUUAGCGAUAUAAUAAAAUUCACUAGGAAAAUGAUUUAAAGUUGAAAGAAGAAUAUUUAUAUGUCUUAUGGACCACAAAGACAUUUUACAAGCUUAAACAUUCUCAAAAUGUCUUUGAUAUUAAAUAUAAUCAAAGUCUGAUUUAAUGUAAAAUUAAUGAAAUGUAUCUUUACUUAGCAUUGUAAGGAAAAACAUCAUUACCAUAGAUAUUUAUUAUAUUUGAAUUGUAAUAUGAGUUAUUCAGACUUUGACAGAUAUAUUUAAUAUGACCUGACUAUUGGAACACUAAUACUUUUAGCUUUAUUCCCUAUUUUAUUGACUUCAUAAAUAUACUAAAACUCACAAGAGAAUAAAAUACAUACACAGUUUACCAAAUCACAUAGAAUGUUCUCAUUGAAAAUAUAUUGGUACUUUAAAAAAAACUAAAAUUCUGAUUUUUAUCUAUUUCUUUAUUCAUAAAGUUGACAUGGAGUUACAAUGCAACCUAAAAUAGUUCAUGUAGGAAAUAGAAUAUUUUUUCCUUUUUUUCAUAAUGAAACAGAUCAUAGAAAAAGAGAAUAAAUUAUUUAAAAAUGAGUCCUAAUAUCCUUCCAAUAAUUAUAGAGAAAAAUAGAAAGAUAAAAUGUAAAAUCAAAUCUUCAGGCAAUCUUACAAUUUGACCUGAGAAUAUAUACUAUAAUUUUUAUUAGCAGUAGUUAUCAUUACCCAUAAUUAGGAAAAGAAAAGCAUGAAGAGUUCCCUCAAAACAGAGAGUUGCUUUCCAGUCGUCAGAAAAAGGUGGUAGGAACAAGUUGCUUAAAACUGAGAGUGGGAGCAUACCUUAAAAGUCAUGAUUGUAUGUGAAAUACAUUUGAAAAACACACCACAUGAUGUUAAGAUUGAAAGCAGAACUGAAUUAAUGUAUUCAAUAGGUAAAAAUAUUGAAUAUAUAUUGAUAUCAGUAGUCAAGUAGUAUAUUUCUUUAGAUUGACACUUUUUUAUUCCAUUAAAGUUCUUUUAGGAAUAAAUGUCAGAUUUUCAAAGUCUUCUAUUUCCCAGUGACCUCUGAAAUUUAGUAUUUUUGCAUUAUGACAGUUGCUAAGACUGGGAUUUUAAGCUAGGAUAUGAUUAUAUUUCCUAUAAAACUAAAACUUUUGUUUCAUAUGUUUUAAAAUAAUUAUUUUUGAUUAUGAAUAUUAGUCCAAAUUUAAUAUUUGACAGAAUUCAUAUUGCUUGCUAUAACAAGGAGAGUUUAUAGUCUUUCCAGUUAUUUGAAGAACAAAGGAUGUUUAUUAAUGACAUUCAACAAAUUGUUGCCUUUUUAAAAUUAUUACACUUUGGACAUGAAGAUAAAACAUGAAGUAAUUGUGCUGGUAGUCUUUUGGGAAUUGGUUUGGUUUAUUGUCUAUGUACCAUUUUGCUACCAGUUUCAUUGAAUUGAUUUAAAAAUAAAUAAAUAAUAAAAUUAUUUCUGAUGAU